AUGUGCAGUUGGAAGGCCAACCCUUCUGAAGCUCUUGUGCCAGAGCCAGUGCAAGCCCAAGCUGUUAAGAGUGAAGAUACAGAAAUGGUUAGUGAAAUGAACUCAAAUAGCAAAGCUAGAGAACAGCUGAAGAAGGAUUUAAGUGCACAUAGGAUCAACCUCAAGAUUGACACUUGGACAAGUGUCCAAAACACCAAUUACAUGGUGCUCACUGCUCACUUUAUAGAUUGUGAUUGGAAGAUGCACAAAAAGGUUUUAAACUUUUGUGUUAUUCCUAAUCACCAAGGCAACACCAUAGGAAACCUCAUUGAGAGUUGUUUGUUACAGUGGGGUAUAAAGAAGGUUUUAACCAUCAAUGCGGACAAUGCCUCUGCAAAUAAAGUGAAAAUUGACUGGGUUAGAUAUAAGAUGAAUAAAUGGAACAAUUCACAAGCUGUUUUGGGUGGGAAGUACUUAUAUGUGAGAUGUUGUGCUCACAUCACUAAUUCAAUUGUGUCUAGUGGGUUGAGGAAGCUGCAAAAAUCUGUUUUUGCAAUUAGGAAUGCUGUGAGGUAUGUGAGGUCAUCUCCAUAUAGAUUAUAUUAUUUUAAAACCUCUGUUGAGAAGGAGAAACGGACAUGCAAAGGUAUUGUAUGCAUGGAUGUCCCCACAAGAUGGAAUUCAACAUACAUAAUGUUGAAUGCAGCCUUGAAGUUUAAGAAGGCUUUUACUAGAAUGGCAAAGGAUUUGAACAACAUGGCUUAUUUCAAAGAACCAGAUGAAGAGUUGAUAACGAUGAUGUAG